AAUCGGUUCAUUACUGAGUAAAUUCUUAAUUGUCAUCAUGGGUGCCGAAAUAACGGAUAAUAAGAAACCAAGCAACGAACAAGUUCGCGAAAAUGACAAAAACGCCUAUUUGAACAACCAUUCCUCGUCGCCGUCGAACAUUUCGAUUGUGCCGGGCGAAGAGGAGUGUCGGGAUCCGUAUUGCAACCCGGAGAAACCUGUCGUCAUCACUUUUCAGGAUGUAACUUCGGCAGCUUUUAAGAUCAAGGGUGGCGUUGAGUUCACGCCAUGUCGACGAAGUCAUCUUUCCGAAGAUACGGGAAUGGAAAUUUAUCUCAAAAAAGAAUUUCUUCAGUUUACCGGAAGUUUCAAAGAGCGUGGAGCACGUUACUGCCUCUUACAACUUUCGCCCGAGCAGAAAAAGAAGGGAGUUAUUUCAGCUUCUUUGGGAAAUCAUGCCCAAGGUAUUUGCUAUCAUGGCAUGAAGCUCAAUAUUCCGGUUACAGUAGUAAUGCCCGUCACAGCGCCCAUCAUGAAAGUCCAAAAAUGUCGCAAUUAUGGCGCCAAUGUCAUUGUCAAAGGGGCGAACAUGAAAGAAGCCAAACAACUUGCGAUGAAAUUGGGCGAAAAAAGUGGCUUAUUGUACGUCAAUGGGUACGAUCAUCCGCAUAUCAUGGCGGGUCAAGGCACCAUUGGGCUCGAGAUUUGCGAACAAGUUGGCGAUGCGGAUGCUGUCAUCAUCCCUGUGGGUGGCGGCGGUUUAAUUGCCGGCAUAGGAACAGCUAUCAAAACGCUCUGCCCAAACACAAAAAUCAUUGGUGUCGAAUCGAAUAAAUGUCCCAGCUUUUCGAAGGCAAUGGCAAACAAGGGUCCAAUUAUGGUCGAUUGCGAAAGUACGCUCGCUGAUGGCUUGGCUGUGCCGAAGGUAGGGUACAAUGCGUAUGUGACAGCGGCACCGCUCAUCGAUAAAAUGGUCGUUGUGGGAGAAGAAUGGAUUGCGUUGGCAAUUUUGAGGUUAGUUGAGCAGGAAAAGUGUGUGGUAGAGGGCGCUGGAGCAGCGGGAUUGGCGGCGAUUUUGUCAGGGCAACUUGAGGAGUUCAAGGGAAAGAAAGUGGUCAUUCUCAUCUGCGGCGGCAACAUUGACACAACUACCUUCGGGCGCUGCCUUGAACGUGGCUUAGCAUCUGAAGGACGUCUCUUACGUUUCACUGUCGAGCUCAGUGAUCGUCCCGGAGGCGUUCUCGAACUCUGUAAACUGCUCGCACGCCUUGGAGUCUCCAUCAAAGACAUUAUGCACGAACGUGCUUGGCUCACGGAUACUUACAGUGUCGAGGUCAAAGUAAAAUGCGAGACACGAGACUGGGCCCAUUCGCAAGAACUGAAGGAAGAAUUGCACAAGCACUAUACUCACGUUCAAUUCAGCGACACUCCAUUAGCUUUGUCAGCGUCAAAAUAA